CCCCAGUAGCAGGUUUGAGCACAGUUCAAUUGAGGAACUUUUUCCCCCCCCCCGUCCCCAGCCCCAGCCAUGGAGGUGGGGGCCGCGGGCAGGCUGCGGACGCUGCCCAUAAGUUGGGCUGCUCGUGUUUGCUGCUGAGUGGCUUGUUUCCAUGGGCUUCUCCGGGGGAAGGAUUUGUUAGCAGGAAAGGAAAGGAAAGGGGGGGAAGCCCCCAGAGCCCAGCAGCACCCGCCAAAGUGACCCCCCCCCAGCCAGGGGGGGACACUGCCCUGCAGAGCCGACAAUGACCAGCCUCGGCUUUGAUGACACUUCUCUGGACAGCCUGGACCCCUCCUUGACUCUCCAGGAAUCCAGCGAGAUCGCCACCGCCCUGCUGAGCGACAUCGACGACAUGCUCCAGCUGAUCAACACCCAGGACAAUGAGUUCCCGGGCCUGUUUGACUCUUCAUUCGACGCACCUGCCGCCCCGAUGCCAGAGGCCAGCACGCCUGUGGGGCUGCCGUCCACAGCCGGCUCUCUCAACGGCUACCUGGGGCCCAGCCAGGCGCUCCCCUCCGCUCCCAUGAGCAUGUACCAGGUGCCCCCGCCACUGCAGAGCAUCUCACCGCAGCCCCAGCUGAGGGCCGGGCCAGGCCUGACGGUGACUCCUUCACCGGCGUCGGACAUCAAGGAGGAGCCCAUGGCGCUGUCUGCCAGCCAGCCCCAGCCUCCGCCCCAGCCGCAGCAGGGGGUGAUGACAGCCCAGAGCUUCGUCCCGGCUUCCCAAGGCCAGUUCACUGCACAGCCCUUGCUGGGAUACCAGAAUCAGCACGGCUUCACCGCAGUGCAGCCUGGAGGGGCUCCCCAGUCCCCGGCCAGCCUCCCUCACUCCUCUCCGCAGAUGCAGCCCGUCACCCUUCAGGCUCACGUCCAGAACAUCUCGCCCCAGCAGCUGCUGGCCGCGGCCACCACCGGCACCUCCCAAGCUGUCUCCUCCCAGAUCCAGCAAGUCCCGGUCCUGCUGCAGCCCCACUUCUUCAAGGCCGAGUCCCUGUUCCUGACAGCUGUGAAGACGGACGUCUCUGGGGCAAAGACCUCCAGCCACACUUCGCUGGCCACCACGGCGGCCGUCCAGUCUGCCCCGCUGCAGGUCCCGACCCUGGUGAGCGGAGGCACCAUCCUGGCCACGGUGCCGCUGAUGGUGGAUGCCGACAAGCUGCCCAUUAACCGGCUGGUGGCCAACGGGAAGCCAGCCUUUGUGCAGAACAAAGGCGAGAAGCGCACCGCACACAACGCCAUCGAGAAGCGCUACCGCUCCUCCAUCAACGACAGGAUCAUGGAGCUCAAGGACCUGGUGGUGGGCUCGGAGGCCAAGAUGAACAAGUCGGCCAUUCUGAGGAAGGCGAUCGACUACAUCCGCUUCCUGCGGCAGAGCAACCAGAAGCUGAAGCAGGAGAACGUGGCCCUCAGGAUGGCCGCCCAGAAGAACAAGUCCCUGAAGGACCUGGUGUCCACGUGCCGCAGGAAGCCGGACAUGCCCAUGGAGGAGAUCAAGCCAGAGAUGAUGGACAUGCUGACGCCCCCGCCCUCAGAUGUGGGCUCUCCCUCCCACAGCAGCCCCCUCUCGCUGAGCAGUGGGAGCAGCAGCGACUCAGAGCCCGACAGCCCGCUGUUCGAGGAGACCAAGGGGAAGAAGGAGCAGCAGCUGUCCACCGGCAGCCUGGGGAUGCUGGAUCGCUCGCGCAUGGCUCUCUGCGCCUUCGUCUUCCUCUGCCUCUCCUUCAAUCCCCUGGCCUCCCUGCUGCGGGGCACCAGCCCCGAGGGCGCCCCAGAGAGCGGGGCCUUCCCAGGCCCUGGCAGGAGCAUAAUGGGCAAGCCGGAUUCCAUAGACGAGGCCUCAGGCUGGCCCACCCUGAUCUUCUGGCUGCUCAACGUGCUGGUCGUGCUGGGAGCCUUCGUCCGGCUCUUCAUCUACGGUGAGCCUGUCACCCGCCCCCACUCGGAGUCGUCCAUCCUCUUCUGGAGGCACCGCAAGCAGGCAGACCUGGACCUGGCCCGGGGGGACUUUGCUCAGGCCUCCCAGCACCUGUGGACGGGCCUGAAGGCCCUGGGCCGCCCGCUCCCCACCUCCAACUUCGACCUGGCCUGCAGCCUCAUGUGGAACCUCAUCCGCCACCUGCUGCAGCGUCUCUGGGUGGGGCGCUGGCUGGCCGGGCGGGCGGGCGGCUUCCGGCGGGACAGCGAGCUGAAGGCUGACGUGCGCAAGAGCGCCCGCGAUGCCGCCCUGGUCUACCACAAGUUGCACCAGCUGCACAUGACAGGGAAGCACGUCGGGGGCCAUCUCUCCGGCAUCAACAUGGCGCUGAGCGCCGUCAACCUGGCUGAGUGCGCCAGCAACACCGUCUCCGUGGCGACGCUGGCCGAGAUCUAUGUGGCCGCCGCGCUUCGCGUGAAGACCAGCCUUCACCGGCGUGUCCACUUCCUGGCGCGCCCCUUCCUGUGCAGCGCCCGGCAGGUGUCCCUGUCGCACAGCGGCACCGUGCCCCCAGCCAUGCAGUGGCUGUGCCACCCUGUGGGCCAUCGCUUCUUCGUCGAUGGAGACUGGUCUCUGAAGGGCACCCCGAGGGACAGUAUCUACAGCUCCACCAGCAACCUAGUGGACCCCCUGGCUCAGGUGACCCAGCUGUUCCGUGAGCACCUGCUGGAGAAGGCCCUGUGCUGUGUAGCCAUGCCGGACCCCAACCCGCCAGCGGCCCACAGAGAAGGGGAGUUCUCCGAUGCCCUGGAGUACUUGCAGCUGCUGAACGGCUGCUCGGACACCGCCGGCACCCCCAGCUGCACCCUCUCCAUCAGCUCCGGCAUGGCAGCCAGCACAGGCAGUGACCCCGUUGCCAAGUGGUGGGCGUCCAUCGUCGCUGUGGCGAUUCACUGGCUGCAGGGGGACGAUGAGGCGGCCGAACGGCUGUACCCGCUGGUGGAGACCAUGCCGAGGGCCCUGCAGGUGUCAGAGAAGACCCUGCCCAGGGCUGCGCUGCACUCCUUUAAGGCCGUGCGGGCCCUGCUGGGGAAGCAGGACAGCAGCCAGGCCAGCCUGGGCCAGUGCGAGAAAGCCAGCGGCUACCUGCGGGACAGCCUGGGUCUCAGCUCGCCCGCCACUGGCACCCUUGACAAGGCGGUUCAGCUCCUCCUGUGCGAUCUGCUCCUGGUGACCCGCACCAACGUGUGGCAGCAGCAGAUGAAUGUGAGCCAGCACCUGAGCUGUGUCUACCAGGCCUCGGCCCUCGAACUGCGGGGCUUCCAGCAGGAUCUGAGCAGCCUGCGGCGCCUGGCCCAGGCCUUCCGGCCAGCCAUGCGCCGGGUGUUCCUGCAUGAAGCCACUGCCAGGCUGAUGGCCAGAGCCAGCCCCACCAGGACCCACCAGCUGCUGGACCGCAGCCUGCGCAGGAGAGGGGCUCAGAGCAGCAAAGAAGCCGGCGAGCCGGAGAGCCACCCCACCCCACGGGAGCACGCCGAGGCCCUGCUGCUGGCUUGCUGCUACCUCCCGCCCAGCUUCCUCUCUGCGCCAGGCCAGCGUGUGGGCAUGCUGGCCGAGGCCGCCCGCACCCUGGAGAAGCUGGGCGACAAACGGACACUCCAUGACUGCCAGCAGAUGAUCAUCAAACUGGGCAGCGGCACCACGGUCACCACCGGAUAGCGCUGUGGCCAGAGAGCCGUGGACAGUGGGGAUGGGAAGGCCACUGCUCCGAUGGGACUGAUCCAGUAAUACCUGGCCCAGCUUGAGCUGCUCCAUCAGGGCUGCUGUGCUGUGUCGUGGGCAAUGUGUCUCUGCUUAAUUGGCAGGAGUGUUAGUCAUUACUGCUGGGAGGGGCUGGGAGCCAGGACUCCUGGGUUCUAUUCCUGACUCUCUUCUCUGACCCUGGGCAAAUCACCCACACGUGCCUCAGUUUCCCCACAGGUGUAAUACACUUCCCUACCUCAGGGCGGUGCUGGCUGCCAAGGGGUGACACUGUGGACGAGGGGCUGCCUGGGAGCAGAGAUGCUGUCUUGGCAGGAGGGAGGGGCGGGUGCUCUGAGGGGGCUUCGUUGGUAUGGUUUGACAGGCCGUGGGUGCCAUGGGCUGGGCCCAAAGAGCCUCCAGCCCCUCCCCUGUGCUAGGGCCUGGAGUCCCAGCGGAUCUCCUGCCUCACUCUCCAGCACGGCCCCCCACCCUGCCCCCUGCCCUGCCCCCGGUCUCCCUGCAAUGCUGGGCACUGGGGUCCUCUAGUGGCACCUUCUCAGUAUUGCAGCAUUGGUCCAUUUCUCCAGCCCUUCUCCCUCCCCGCCGGACAAAGCGUUCUAAGCUGCUGCCCCUGCCUCUCCCCCACCGCCCGCCCUAGAGGUCCCCGGGGGAAGGCCUCUGGCCCCCUCCAGCAGCAGCUGGCAGUGCCUGCCCCGGUCGUGCACAGUGCUGGUGCUGGGCGUCAACUGCGGGGGCUGCAGGGAAAGAGAAGAGGGCAGGGCCGAGGUGGGGGGUGGCCCUGGCAGCGGUGUCUGCCCGGAGCCUGUGGGUGGCCAUAUCCCAGGGCUCACAACGUUGCCCCCUGCCCUGCCCUGGCACCUUUGCCUGCGUUUCCUUUUUAAAGGUCAUUUUCAUAGUUGGAGAGUUUUGUACAGACGAUUAAAGCUGCUUAUUUAUA